UAUAAAAUUCGAUGUUGUCGAAAAAUAUUUUGUAUUAUUUUCAAAUAUUUUGACUAAGAAUGCAGUUAUUAUUCCGGUGUAAUAACUAUAUACUGCUAUCGUUGUUUCGGAUACAUUCUACAACGUGGUGAAAUUACGGUAAUUUAGUGGGACGUCUAAUUCAGAGUGCUGAGAUCCACGUGCGGAUGGAAGUAGUGUGCUUUCAUUGCAGGAAUAACUUUUGUUAGGAACAAACGUCUCUGAGAGCUCCGUGGGAAUAUGUCGUUCAGAGGAGGUCGAGGUGGUGGGUUUAACAGGGGAGGUGGACGGGGAGGCUUCGGAGGCCGGGGUGGAGGAGGCGGAUUUCGAGGGGGCGGCCGUGGCGGUUUCAACAGAUACCAAGACUACGGUCCCCCGGAAUAUGUAGUAGAGCUGGGGGAGUUCAUGCACCCGUGUGAAGAUGACAUUGUGUGCAAGUGCGUCACGGAGGAGAACAAGGUGCCCUACUUCAACGCUCCCGUCUACCUGGAGAACAAGGAGCAGAUUGGAAAAGUGGACGAAAUCUUUGGCCAACUCCGCGAUUUUUAUUUUUCAGUGAAACUUUCAGAAAACAUGAAGGCCUCUUCCUUUAAGAAACUACAGAAGUUCUACAUAGACCCAAUGAAGCUCCUGCCCCUCCAGCGAUUCCUGCCCCGGCCGCCUGGAGAGAAGGGGCCUGCCAGGGGCGGUAGGGGUGGUGGGAGAGGAGGAGGACGAGGCGGCGGCCGUGGAGGUGGCUUCCGGGGUGGCAGGGGUGGUGGCUUUGGUGGGGGUCGAGGAGGCGGCUUUGGAAGAGGAGGUGGAGGAUUCAGGGGAGCAAGAGGAGGUGGAGGCGGCCGUGGAUUCAGGGGUGGGAGGUGAUUCAGGGACACGUCACUCGCAGUCCUGGGUUUUGCUGCACAUGUCCGAAGGAGCAGCUCUUCCUCGUCGGAUGCUUCUUCCUGGACACGCUGACCGUUUCCCGCCUUACUGCCUUUCGUUUUUAAGUAUUGACUGUUCUAUCUGUUCUGCCCACCUCACAUCUAUGUGUACAGUGGGAUCCUUUUCUAAUUUAACUCACAAGUCAUUUGUUUUUAAGCAUCAUCAGAUAUUUUUGGGCAUUGAAGAUAAAUGUUAAGGUGUGUCUUGUUGUUUUUAAAUUUGGUAUGGAUGUUUUUUAAUUCAAGAAUGAAUCCUGAAUUGUUAUAGGUAUUUCAGUCAGUACUUUUCCAUUGUUUGCCUGCAUUGCCCAUGGUCUCCUCGUUGUGCCUGAAAUUAUCCUGCUUUGAAGAAUGAAAGUGUUUGCAAAUAAAACUUUUGCAUAUUUUCAGUGCUACCUUGGUUCUGUUACACUUGUAACUUUUUUUUUCUUUUGAUGAUAGACUGAAUUAUGUGCUGAAAAGUAGUUCAUAAUUAAAAAAUUAUGUUAUGAUGUUGAUUUGGUAAAUAGGGACUGCUACAGUUUAUGCACUUGUAAGCUAUGGCAGAGUGUAAUUAUGGUGUUAGAGAUUGUCUUUGAUUUCAGGCAGAAUGGGAGCCUAAUUGGAUUGUGCCACCACUGCCUCUAGGUUGGGGGUCUGAUUGCAGACCCUGGGUGUGUGUGCAUUUUUCACUCUCCUCUUGUGUCUUCAUGGGUUCCCUGUAGGCAUGUAAUGAUUCCCCAACUCAUGAUUCGGUUCCCACCAUAUUUUUGAGAAAAAAUAAAAGUGGAUAUUUUUCACAUUC